GAUACGAUCGCAGUCAAGAAUCUGCAGCUCCCAUUUGGCGUGAUUGCUCCCGAUGUCUGGGGCAAAGCCAAAGAACAACCCGCUCUGGUCUCCAUCCAUCUUUUGCUGAAUGGCGGCUUCGCGUCGGCGUCCUCGAAAGACGAAUUAGACGAAAGCACGAUACAUUACGGAAUCCUCGCAAAACGUGUUCGGGGCUCAUGUCGAGACGGCCAAACGGCUGGAGAUCUGAGUCAGAAUAUCGAAAGCAUCAUUACCGACAUGGCGCGGAAAGGGAGCGGACGCUUCGCCGUCGCCAAAUCUACUGUUGAUGUCCAGCUUCCCAAGGCUUCAAUGUUUGGCGAUGGAAUCACUUUGAGCGUGGCGACCACCUACGACCACACUGGCAAAGCCGUGGCUGCAGCGCGGAUUUUCAGCUUGAAAGGUGUCAAGAUCAUGACUUUGAUCGGAGUCAAUUCGUACGAGAGGACGAAUACGCAGCCGCUCAUUGUUGAUCUCCUGCUGCAUUUGCGACCUCAGGCACACACGACCGACUCAAACAGCACUAUCAUCAAGCAGACGGCUUUCGAGACUUUGGAAACUCUGGCGGACUUCACCGUGACGCAGCUCAGAAAAAAAAUUCUGGAUGCUGUGCUGCCGGGAACGAAAGUCCAGCUUCGAAUCGAAAAACCUCGCGCUAUUGCUUGGGCUGAUGCACCAGUCGUCGAGAUCGUGCGAGAUGUUCCUUACGCA